CACGUGCAGAGCCGCUCGUCAGAGGGUUCGAAUCGGCUCAAGCGCGGCAGUUGAAGCUCGCGAACUGGUCUGGCGGCCGCCUCAUUCUUCAGAAUAGUCGCGCAGCUAUGAAGGCCGCACGGAUUGCCCUGCGGAACGCGGCUCCCCUGGCGGCUACGACCGCGGGCGGCGGUGGGGCAGGUCGGGCGACCCGCGAGGUGGAGCAUUUUGCUCGGUACUCUCCGUCGCCGCUUUCCUUUAAGCAGUUCUUGGAUUUCGGGUCAACUAAUGCAUGUGAAAGAACAUCUUUUUCCUUUUUGCGGCAUGAACUUCCUGUACGGCUUGCAAAUAUUCUGAAAGAGAUUGACCUCCUCCCUAGUCCAUUGUUGAGCACUCCUUCAGUACAGUUGGUGAAAAGCUGGUAUGUCCAAAGUCUGAUGGAGUUAGUCGAGUUCCGGGAGAAAAAACCAGAAGACCACAAAGUUCUAUCUGAUUUUAUAGAUGCAAUUGUUAAAGUCCGAAACCGGCACCAUGAUGUUGUGCCCACAAUGGCACAAGGUGUUCUAGAAUACAGAGAUUCUUCUAAAAUGGACCCAUUCACCAAUCAAAACAUUCAGUACUUCUUGGAUCGGUUUUAUAUGAACCGUAUAUCUAUCCGUAUGUUAAUAAACCAGCACACUCUUAUUUUUGAUAACAGUAACAGUAUGGGCAACCCAAAACAUAUUGGAUGCAUUGACCCUUGCUGUGAUGUUGUGGAUCUAGUACAUGAUGCUUUCCAGAGUGCCCAGAUGCUUUGUGACCAGUAUUAUUUUGCUUCUCCAGACCUGAAACUAACUCAAGUGAAUGGGAAAGCAGCUGGGCAGCCCAUUCACUUAGUCUAUGUUCCUUCCCAUCUCUUUCACAUGCUGUUCGAACUCUUCAAGAAUGCAAUGAGGGCAACAGUUGAACAUCAAGAAAACAAACCUUCUCUUGAUCCAAUUGAGGUGACUGUUGUUCUUGGAAAAGAAGACCUGUCAAUUAAGAUUUCUGAUAGAGGUGGUGGAGUUCCAGUGAGAAAAAUAGAAAGCCUCUUCAGCUACACAUAUUCUACCGCUCCAAAGCCUGUAGUGGACAACAAUUCUACUCCUUUGGCUGGCUUUGGUUAUGGCCUACCAAUUUCUCGACUGUAUGCUAAAUACUUUCAAGGAAACCUCAACCUGUGUUCUGUUUCUGGUUAUGGAACAGAUGCUCUUAUCUACUUGAAGGCCCUUUCCACAGACUCUGUAGAGAAACUUCCUGUCUUCAACAAGUCUGCUUGCAAACAUUACCAGAUAGCCACAGAAGCAGGUGACUGGUGUGUUCCCAGUAGAGAACCAAGGAACUUGUCGCAACGGAGUGCGGCCGCAUGAAACCAGCCUGUGUCUAGGGCAUACUGCAAAAAAUGAGAACAUAAAAGGGGAUCAAGCCAAUGCUGCAGUCCAGGACUAAUUAAACAAACCUUUAUACCGUUCCUGUCCUACACCAGGACUUAAGACAGAGAGAAGAAAUGACCAUGUGGAGCACAAGAUGUCAACACGUAUACUAUGUAGAGACUAUGCAUGUACUGGAUUUUGUAGUGUAGUAUGGAUGAGGAUUAGUGUGUCAGGAGAAGUAAAAGGCAUAGGAAGGUGUAUGUAGUUCCAUAACUGUUUGGAAAUGAAUAUAUGAAAGCAAAUGUAAAUGAACACUCCAAAGUAUACAGUCAAAAACUAUAUAUGAGGGUUGAACUCCACAUAGUAUUAACUUUUCGCUUGGUCUAGUAGCUACUAGCAAAUAUUAUUGCCAGAUUGUGACUUUGGAGGAGGAAUGUAUCCAUGUGCACACACACAUAUACGUACAACACUGUAUAUACUUGACACACUCUCAACUGAUGGAGAUGGAAGGGAUGUGACAACAUGUUACGUUUGCUUCUGUUCAGUAGUUUGCUUGAUGGGAAAUAGAGACAUUAACAAAAUGCCAUUUUUUUUGUCCUGUAAGCCACAUGGUAAAUGUUACUUGAAAUUUAACUCCAACAAUAACUAUACUUAUGUAUAGCACCUUUUAUUGCUUAUCCAAGUGAUGAGUUUUUGUUAUGGAAGAGGAUUAUGAAAUAACACCAUGGAAGUUAGGUAAAUGUAUUGUGAACUGAAAAAAUGUAGCCUUUGCUUGAUUUUAAGUUGCACAACAAUAUAAAAAGCUAAAAAAAAAUUAAAAAUGAACUUAAAAUGCAGGGCAUUUAAUUCCAUCUUAAAGUUGGCUUCUCAAAAGGAAGCUUAUGAAGCAAAUAAGGAAAGCGUAGGACUAAAUAUAAAGAGAGAGGGACUUCUCAUGGUGGCACUAUUUCAAAUGUAUGUGCAACCAUCAAAUUGUGAAGUCUUGGCUUCAACAGAUACGGGGCAUUUUAUCUUAAUUAGGAAUUUGCCAGUAUUGAAUUCAAAACAAUCCAAUUUACAAAAAUGUAACUUUAGAGUAAUUUGCGAAUGAGUAUUAUAGGGAUGUGAUGAGAAAAAGGUCUUGGGGGAUAAUUGUACUUGAAUUAGGAAAUAUGGACGUGGAAAAUAUGAGGUAUUGACCUGCUCAUUGUGUAUGCAGCAGUGAAUAAUCAAGAUGGUCCAGUGGUUCCUCUGAAAAGUCAUUAUUGGGAGAAUAUUCCAUUCCAAAUAAUUAGCACUCCUUAAAGAGAGUGAAUUUGGUCAGGGCCCAGCUAGUGACAUUUUUGGUCAUCCUGUCUUUUUGAAAAAGGCAGCAAUACACUAAAGAGCUGAUACUAGUUUAUUUUGAAGUGAUUGUUAACUAGUGUAUGAAGGUUCAUGCUCAGUUGUAGCAACUUUAUUGCUGAUCCCCACUUUCUGUGAACACCAAGUUCAGUUGAAUAGGUAAUCCCAGCCAUGUGAGGCAAUUGUGUGCUGUUGGUAUAGUGUAUCAACAAAAGGCUUAGCAGUUAACAUUGCUGGGGCAUUUUAUGUAUUGUUUCCAUUGUAAACUUAGCUCAGAUAUGGACCCCUUUGCUAAGAUUUUUGUUUUAUAAAAUGGAUAGCGUGUGUUUGAUCAUUCAAUCAUGAAUAAAUGAUUUUAUAGCUGGUGUGCUAAUUGCAGUUAGCUUCUUGAGUUGCCACCUAUACAGCAGAGUUAAUGUUGAGAUCUUAAUGCACUGCAUGGACUGUUAAAAAUAUUUGUCAUGCAAAUCAACUUUGUAGAAUCAGGCCUUUUCUCCAUCCAGUAUUACCAAAAUGUUUGGUGAUGCUGAUUCACUGUGUGCACUUUGACCCCUUGUAAAAAGUUGUAUAACCUAUGUUGUCAAUUAUGCACUGUUUCUGAGAAACAACCAAAGAUGCCAUUGUUGUCUUGUCUUUGUCACAAACUGUUAACAUUUACAUGUGAAAGGGAUUUUAAAAUCCCUUUGGAAGCAUACUUGCUGAAUUGUAGGGCUGGGACUGAAACACUGUAAUAGGCACAUCUUCUGAGCAAAAUGAGCUUUCAGUCUGCUUUUGCACUGUACACCCAGUGUCAAAGUUGUCUGGGUACGGAGUGUUAAAACAGAAGAUUCAGACAAUUGCCUUGUUUCUACUACUGUCUGCCUUUUUAAGUUCAGGUAUACUUGAAAUGUGCUGUAAUGUUUUUAAAUUAAAAUGUUUUAAAUAAC